CGUCGAACAAUGCUGCGAUAAUGACUGAGCAACAAAUGGAAGAAGAUGAGCACCAGAUAGUGACCGUGAAUAGUCCGGAGCAGCUCGCGAAGCUGCUGCAUUUCCAGCAGGACACGGCCGUGGCCUCCCAUGAUCUCAAAUCUGCAAAGGGAUUCCUCCAGACGUGCCUGGCUACAAUAUCUGAAGCAACGCCGACAGGGAAGAAUGUCGAUGUUUUCUCGGCAUAUCUGGAGCGUCAAUUCGCUCAAUAUCAGAGUGGAUCGAAGGACGACGCCGAUAAGCCGGCUUUCUUACCGGAUGUCUUCCAGACGUGGAAUCUCGCCGUUACGAACAGCAAUGAUCGCCUCUUUGCACUGUCCACUCGCGUUCUUCGGCUUAUCCUCCAGUGUAUCUCCAACUCGUUCGACUUGAGUCGUUUUGGCGCCCCGUUGUGCCGGACUCUCUUGCAGUAUGGCAACCUCAAGACGGUGUCGCGUGGGAUGUCAAGCGUCAAGCUGAGUGUCAGUUCGCCGUGUCUCCAACUUAUGACAGAGCUUGUCACCUUUGAUGGAGGUGCGUUUGCGCGACAAGUCUUUCUGAAGCGCGAGUGGACGUUCGACUCAAGUGCUCUGUCGCGCAAGCUUGGCUAUGCCAAUCGUCGUGGGGAGAAUGAGACGUUCGAAAAGGUUCGCGAAUCCAUUAGAUCUGAUGCAAUCAGAUAUGUGUUGGCCCACCUGAAGUUUCAGCCUGCGCAGACGCAGAUCGAGAUCUUGAAGCUGGGUAAUGUGGUGCGGCCGAUGUUUGACCACCUGAUAUCGGAUACGCAUGAUAUUGCCAUGGCGGUACUGGACACGGUUCGGGAGAGUGUGCUCAGGAAUAAGGGCAUACCGAGGUCUAGUAAGAGCUUUCUGCUUACAGACCGAGUGCUAUCGAAUGUUGCAAAACUUUACCACACAGAGUCCCACGAUACAGAGGAUAGUGCAGAGCGAAACGUGCACGAUGUUGCACACUCGUUUCUUCUGUUGGCGUGUACAUCGGCUCAGAACGGAACGCUAUAUGACUCUUGGGGCUGGUAUUACCGGAAAAGGGAGGAUAUUGAGACGAGCAACGAUCAGGUUUCGUUCCCGCUGAUGACAACACCAACUGCCACGUCCCUGCGAGGUCAUGAGGUCCAUCCGCGCAACACGAAAUUGGCCAGUUUUCUCCAGACGCUACGGCCAUGGGCGUCAAACCUGGAGCAAGAUCUUACACUUGCCAUCUUUGAGAGCUGCCCGGAGUUGAUGGCCGACUACUUCCUGAAGAAGUCAAGUUUCCAGUUUGACCCGAAACUGACGGCAACGUGGAUAGGAUAUGCGUCGUUCAUGUAUGCUUCCAUAUCACUACCGGUGCCGAAAUACUUUGGGCGAACCGGUUCGUACGACUCGUCGCCUCCGCAGCUAUCAGUCAUACUGGAGAAUCUUCUACCGUCCGCCCUCAACCAAGCAGUACUUACCCGCUGCCUGAACCAGAGCGUGGAGCUUAUCACCUUUUUUGCAGUCCGAAUCCUCAUCAUAGCGCUGGAGAAGCUCGAGACCGUGCUCAAGAUGUUUGAAGAGGCAUGUCUCGCCAGGAACAAGGCAACCUGGGAGGCCGCUGGCCAGACGUUGGUAUAUGAAUUCUGUCAACGGUGUCCGAAGAUGAAAGAUGCCGUCGCAGUAUUCUUCAAGUCCAAACCUGAACGCCAACUUGAGCGUGAAGCCAUCACACGGCUACUGGCGCUCUACUACCGAGUCGUGCCAUUGACCGCGCUCGAAGAGAACCUCGACGUCUCGAAGCAUCUGACGGAGAUACUGAAGGCUGAUCCACCGCAAGACCAUGGAGCGAAGGAGCUUAAGCUUCUCGAGCUAGGCCAUUUGCUGAACUGUGCGAGAUGGUCAUUGUCCAUGAAUUGGUUCAAAAAGGGGGAAGGGUCUGACCUGUCCCCAUUCACAGCACUGCUGAAGAUAGUAGCUGGAUCCUCGUCUGAGUCGGACCUACAGAGCUCAAAUUCCACCGAUCAGAUACGUGAUAUCGUGGCAAGCGUCGCACGGGACAAUUAUUUCCUGCAGUCUGAGACCGACGUGUCGUCUUGUGAGGCCCUUGUCUUGAGCAUAGCCAUGUGUCCCGGCCAACGCUUCCUGAGCUUCCUCGACGACUGCAUCGCCAGACAUGUCAAGCGACCGAUCAAAUACUGGGACGACUUGGAGACCCUCAAAUCGAAAGACAAGACACUUGCCCAUGCCAAGGGUCCAUUGAGCAUGAUCUGGAUGACCAUCUACGAGCAAUCCUCGUUCCUACGCGAUGCCGAUGACAUCCUCAUCGAGAGAGCCGCCUGGAUAGCACGCUUCUCGCUCUGCUGCAAGGCGAUAGGAGAGAAUGCUACCCUCAUCGACGCAUCAAUGCACCACAUCGCCAAGUCCAGCACCAAAACCAUGCGCACCACAAUCAAAAAGACCCUCAGAGACGCCUCCUCACACGAACGCAGCGCCAAACAAACUCUCAUCCAAACCACCCUCUCCACCAAACCCCAACCACCACCACCACCACCACCACCACAAACCGCCCCCGAACCCUCCGAACCCCCUCCAACCAAAACCCCAAAAGUCAACUUCACCUUCCCGCCCCCCUACGACCAAGACCACCCAGCCCUUACCCGCGCCCCACACAAAGACAUCGAAGCCCUCAUCGCCGACGCCGACCUCCCCGCCCUAAUCCUCUACCUCUCCUCCCCCGACCUGCACAUCCGCAUCCAAGCCCACACCCUCCUCUCAUCCAUCACCUCCGCCCUGCCCCACUCCCCCUACCAAGAACGCACCCAACUCGCCCUCCUCCUCGGCGAACUCCUCGAAACCGCCAAUUCAUUCCAUACUCUCCACUCCUCUUCUUCUUCUUCUUCAACCCCCUCAACCCCUUCAACCCCCGCCCUCAAAUCCAUCCCGGCCCUCCCCUUCACAGCAACCCAAUUCGCCGCCCACGCCCUCCCCAUCCUCGCCGACCCAACACACCCCCUUUACCCCAAACUAAACUCCUUCCUCAACCGCGAACCAGCAUGGCACAUCCCCCGCCUCCCAUCCUACUGGCUCCGCUCCGCCGUCCUCAACAUCCCUUCCUCUUCCUCCAACAACAACGUAGACGACUACGACCCCCACCGCGAAAUAACCUGGGUGCUCGACUACCUUAUCGACGCACUUGCCUCGACGGCAGAUCUGAGACUGUGUUUUCGCAAGGGGGUGUUUGAGAGGGUUUGUGCGUUGUAUGGUGGGGCGAAGGCGAAGGCGAACGGGUCGGCGACGGCGGGGGUGGGGGUAAAGGGGAAGGUGUUGAGGUUGUUGUGGAGGGCGACGGGGCUGGAGGGGGGGAGUGAUUUGUUGGUUACGAGGUAUGCGGUGUUGGGGUGGGUGAGGGGGAUGAGGGCGGGGGAUGGUGAUGGGUUUGAAGGGGCGUUGGGGGAGUUGGAGGAGAGGAUUGUGGCGACGUGUAGUCGGGAGAGGAUCGGGGAGUGGAGUCAUGGGACGGUUGUUGUUGGGGCGGCGGGUGUGGGUGUGGGUGAGGAGAUGGAUGUGGAUUAG